AUACUCUGCCCUCCCUCUCGUGCAUUUAAUGAUUUGCAGACAUCGCCUGCCCUGUGGAGUAUCAUUAUUAUCCCAGGUCUGUGUCUCGUCCUUGUGGUCCAUGGGAAACAUGUCCACAAGGCCUGGAACGGCUCGUCAGUGACCAUGUUCAUCCUCCUGGGAUUUGCAGACCAUCCAGAACUCCAGGCCCCCCUCUUUGUGACCUUCCUGGGCAUCUAUCUUCUGACCCUGGCCUGGAAACUGGCCCUCAUCUUUCUGAUCAGAGGUGACACCCACCUACACACACCAAUGUACUUCUUCCUCAGCAACCUGUCCUUCGUUGAUUGCUACUCUUCCGCAUUGGCUCCCAAAAUGCUCACUGACGUCUUCCAGGAGCAGAAGACCAUAUCAUUCUUGGGCUGUGCUGCUCAGUUCUUUUUCUUUGUCAGCAUAUGUCUAACCGAGUGCUUCCUCCUGAUUUCUAUGGCGUACAACCGAUACGCCACCAUUUCCAGCCCCCUGCUGUACACUGCUGUCAUGUCCCGGGGCCUCUGUACACGCAUGGUGGUUGGGGCCUAUGUCAGUGGCUUCCUGAGCUCCCUGGUCCAAGCCAGCUUCAUGUUUCAGCUCCACUUCUGCGGACCCAACAUCGUCAACCAUUUCUUCUGUGACCUCCCACCGGUCUUGGCAGAGUACAAUUGCUUUACAAUGGUGUGUUAGUUUCUGCUUUAUAACAAAGUGAAUCAGUUAUACAUAUACAUAU